UGCGGCUGCCGUAGCUGCAACUCAUCAAUCAUGGCGUUUGAAAACUUUUGACGCGUCCAAACUUCCUGGACGGAACUGUCAGUAGGUCGCGUUCACUUGAUAUCUUUACAUGUUUACAAAUCCAAUAACGGGUGUCAGGUUUUAUGAAGGGAAGAGAAAAUGUCGCUCGUAACUUAACGCCGAAUGUUGUUAUGCGCGUUAUUAACGUCGGCUAGCUAGUUUGGCUAGGUUAGCUUGGUGGCUAAACAUUAGCUGUCGCCUUCACUCCAAAGUCGUAAAUGUAGCCCGAUGUCGUAAAACAUCGCGUUUGCUUGGGAGUACGUGGAUUUGACGACUCGGGCUGAGAAUGUUGCGUUUUCUACGUUACUGCGUGGGCCACUGCCUCCAGGCGGCCAUGACCCGGCUGGAGGAGGUGAACGGGGAGGUGAGCAUGUGGUCGUCGGUCCGCUGGCUGGGCUACCUGUCCGGCCUCAACCUGCUGGUGGCGCUGUGCCUCGGCCUCUUUGUCCGCUGGGAGAAGACCGCCGACUCCACCCUGCUGGUCAUCUUCAUCCUGGCUCUGCUGGUCCUGGGUCUGGCCAGCGUGCUGUACUGCUACCUGGACAUGGAGCGCCUCAGCCUCCACCUGCUCCACCUGUGGUUCGGCUUCCUGCUGGGUCUGCUGUGCUUCAUCAACAGCCCCGCCCUGGAGGGAGACGCCAAGGAGCAGGUGGCGAAGGGUCUGCUGGUGUCCAGCGUGUCGCUGAGGACGCUGUGGGCGCUGCUGGAGAGGAUGCUGGGCCGCGCCCGGUACCGGCCGGCGUUCCUGACCUCGGCCGAGCGGCUGGAGCUGGUGGGCUUCGCCGCCGCCAGCACGGUGCUGCUCCUCCGCAUGGCCCUGAGCGUCACGGUGCUGGUGUUGGCGCUCGCUGUCGUCAUGGUGUCCCUGAGGAUGAAGGCCAUGCUGGGGCUGGCCAACUUGUCUUGCUUCGCCGUCAUCACUGCGGAGUGCUUCUUCAAGACGCUCCCCGUCAGAACCAACCAGUUCGCCCUGGGCUGCUUCUUCGGCCUGCUCAUCUGCGACCCGCUGCUCGACUUCUACUUCAGCGGCCUCUCCGUGACCGAGCGCUGGCAGCCGUUCCUGCGCCGGAGCGGCUUGUGGCGCCGCCUCUGCCUGCUGCCGCUGCUGCUGCUGGAGGUGGUCUUCACCGUCCUGGCGGCCCAGGUGCUGAGUCAGCUGGACAGCUGGUACCUGACCCUCCCCGCCUUCGUGGCGUGCGUGCUCCUCUGGGCCAUCUGCCACAUGGUGUUCUUCAUCACCGUGUGGGGCUUCCACAGCAAGCUGAGCGACUGCCAGAGGGUGUGUCUGAGCCAGGGGUCAGGGGUCAGCGGGCUGGAUAAAGUCAUGGCUUCCAAAGGCAUGAGACACUUUUGCCUCAUCUCCGAGCGCCUCCUCUCCUUCACGCUGGCGUCCACCGUGGCCGUCGCUGUCUUGUCCUGGCAGCCCACCAGCAGCAUCUUCUUGAGCGUCUUCCUGCUGCUCUUCCCCUUGGAGGCCGUCUUCCACGGCUUGUUCCACGACCUGGCCGCCAGCCUGGGAGGAACCUGCGUGGGCUACGCCGUGGUGAUCCCCACCAACUACUGCAGUCCCGACGGUCAGCCCACGCUGCUGCCUCCCGGCCAGGUGCACCAGCUCAACCUGCGCUCCACCACCAUGCUGAACAACAUCCAGCGCUUCUUCUCCCACCACCUCAUCGAGACCUUCGGCUGCGACUACUCCACCAGCGGGGUCACCCUGGAGGCUCUGCAGGCCAAGCUCAAGUCCUUCAUGGAGCUCCGCACGGCCGACGGGCCUCGCCACGACACCUACGUGGUCUUCUACAGCGGACACACGCACCCCUCUGGGGAGUGGGCGCUGGCAGGGGGAGACACUCUUCGCCUGGACCAGAUAGUGAAGUGGUGGAGGGAGAAGAAUGGCGACUUCUGCUCACGCCUCGUCCUCGUGCUGGACUGCCACAACUCAGCGGCCAUGGCGAAGGACGUCCGCAAGGUGGAGGGCGUCUAUGUGGCCGUGCAGGGCGCCACCCUGGCUGCCGCCGCCGCCGAUGUGGAGCAGCCGGAGCCCCAGACGGGCGACUUCCUGUCCCAGUGGGUGGAGUACAACUGCAACCCCAAUAGCGACACCAAGUGGUCGCAGCGGGGCCGGGCGGUGUCGGCGGCCUACGGUGUGUCCCGACACUGGAGCGACUACACGCUGCACCUGCCUACGGGCAGCGACGUCACGCACCACUGGAGGGCGUACUUCCCGCGCGUCACCUACCCCGUGGUGCAGAUGGCGCUGUGGUGCGGCGGGCUCAACCUGCUGUGGCCGUGCAGCGCCUGUCUGAGGUGCCUCAAGCGCGUCAAGCUCAACUGGUUCCCUCCCGCCAUCUUGGACACGGGACAAGGCUUCAAGCUGGUCCGCUCUUAAGACUGACAUCCAUUUUGUUACUGAUUUCCUUUUUUUGAAAUACCGUAUUGUUCCAAAUACAAGACCGUACUUUUUUUACACGGGUAGUCUUAUAUUGAAAUACUAAAAUAACUCCGCACACAGAUGUAUUUUUUGGAAUAUUACGAUUUUUGUCUUUAAAUUGCUAAAGUUGAGGGUUGGGGGGAAAAAAAGGUCAGGAAAAUAGGUGACAUCUUGUACUGGAGGUAUUUACAGUCUUCCUUGAACAAUUUUGAAAGAUGCCCAUUGAUACUAGCUUGCACUUUUUUCUGAAAUAAUUCCAGUGUGCCUUUUUUCUAGGACUGAUGUUAUGCUGCCUUCCACCAAAGUGCUUCGUCUAAAAGUGUAAGACUUGUAUGUUGUUUUCCCAUUUAACUGUUGCACUUGUUUGUGUGCACGAUGCAUUCAGGGACCUUCUCUUGACUGAAACAAGUGUUCUCUCGUUUGACAAAGUGAAACUAUGCAAGAAUGGAGAUGUGUUAUUCAGGUCACGUUUCAGGAUGUUUUAACGGCAAAGCUUCCUUUAAUUAAAUGUGUAGCUCUUUUAA